AUGGGGGUGGCCUGGGUCCGAGACCCCCUUAGCCUCCCUGGGCUCUGUGGGGACCGGGCAGUGACGGCUCUCAUGGAGGCAGGCCUGCCAGAUGGCCUGGUCCCUCCACCUCUCCUCUGUGUGGGAGUGGAAGAGGAGGAGGCCCCGGACAUCGACAUCUACCACUGCCCGAACUGCGAGAAGACCCACGGGAAGUCCACGUUAAAGAAGAAGCGGACCUGGCACAAACACAGCCCGGGGCAGACGCCCGACGUGAAGCCCGUGCAGAACGGCAGCCAGCUCUUCAUCAAGGAGCUGCGGAGUCGGACCUUCCCCAGUGCGGAGGACGUGGUGGCCCGCGUGCCGGGCAGCCAGCUCACGCUGGGCUACAUGGAGGAGCACGGCUUCACCGAGCCCAUUCUCGUCCCCAAGAAAGACGGGCUGGGCCUGGCAGUCCCGGCCCCCACCUUCUACGUCAGCGACGUCGAGAACUACGUGGGCCCAGAGCGGAGCGUGGACGUGACGGACGUCACCAAGCAGAAGGACUGCAAGAUGAAGCUGAAGGAGUUCGUGGACUAUUACUACAGCACCAACCGCAGGCGCGUCCUGAACCUCACCAACCUCGAGUUCUCCGACACCAGAAUGUCCAGCUUUGUGGAGCCGCCUGACAUCGUGAAGAAGCUGUCCUGGGUGGACAACUACUGGCCAGACGACGCGUUGCUGGCCAAGCCCAAGGUGACCAAGUACUGCCUGAUCUGCGUGAAGGACAGCUACACCGACUUCCACAUCGACUCCGGGGGCGCCUCCGCCUGGUACCACGUGCUGAAGGGGGAGAAGAUCUUCUAUCUCAUCAAGCCGGCUUCCGCCAACAUCUCCCUGUACGAGCGCUGGCAGUCGGCCUCGAACCACAGCGAGAUGUUCUUUGCUGACCAGGUGGACAAGUGCUACAAGUGCACCCUCAAGCAGGGCCAGACGCUCUUCGUCCCCUCCGGCUGGAUUUACGCCACACUCACUCCCGUGGACUGCUUGGCCUUCGCGGGACAUUUCCUCCACAGCCUGAGUGUGGAGAUGCAGAUGAGAGCCUACGAAGUGGAAAGAAGGUUGAAACUGGGCAGCCUGACUCAGUUUCCCAACUUUGAAACAGCCUGCUGGUACAUGGGGAAGCACCUGUUGGAGGCGUUCAAGGGUUCUCACAAAUCCGGGAAGCAGCUGCCCCCUCAUCUAGUCCAAGGAGCGAAAAUUCUCAAUGGUGCUUUCAGGUCAUGGACGAAAAAGCAGGCUUUGGCGGAGCAUGAGGAUGAACUCCCAGAGCACUUCAAGCCCUCGCAGCUCAUCAAAGACCUCGCCAGGGAGAUCCGGCUCAGCGAGAAUGCCUCCAAGGCUGCCAGACCCGAAGUGACCACAGCCAUCUCCUCGGAUGAGGUCUCUUUUGGGGACCGAGAGAAGGAAGAGCCCCCGUCCCCCAUUGAGGCCAGCCCUCCUCGGUCCUUCCUGGAGAAAGUGUCCAAAAAAAAGACUCCCAAAACCAUGAAGAUGCCCAAGUCAGCCAAAGUCCCCAAGCCCCCCAAGCCCCCCAAGCCCCCGAAGCCCCCCAAGUCACUGAAGCUCAAGGAUGGGGGCAAGAAGAAAGGGAAGAAGUGCAGGGGGUCGGCCUCGCCCACCAUCCCCAACCUGGACCUGCUGGAGGCCCACACCAAGGAGGCGCUGACCAAGAUCGAGCCACCGAAGAAGGGCAAGGCCACAAAGAGUGUCCUGAGUGUGCCCAACAAGGAGGUGAUCAGCACGCAGAACGACGUGGAGAAGCUAGAAAUGCGAGAGCAAGCGAAGAGCAAAUCAGAGGCCAAGUGGAAGUACAAGAACAGCAAACCCGACUCCCUACUGAAGAUGGAGGAGGAGCAGAAGCUGGAGCGGUCUCCUCUGUCAGGAAACAAGGACACCAAGUUCUCAUUCUCCUUCUCCAACAAGAGGCUCCUGGGCUCCAAGGCCCUCAAGCCGCAGCCGAGCCCGGGGGUGUUCGGGCCUUUGCAGAACUUCAAGGAGGACAAGCCGCAGCCUGUGCGGGACGAGUAUGAGUACGUGUCAGACGACGGCGAGCUCAAGAUCGACGAGUUUCCCAUCAGGAGAAAGAAGAACGCCCCCAAGAGGGACUUGUCCUUCUUGCUGGACAAGAAGGAGCCGCUGCCCACGCCCAUCACGAAGCCAAAGCUGGACUCGGCGCCCUACAAGCAGAGCGACGACUCCUCUGACGAGGGCUCGCUGCACAUCGACACGGACACCAAGCCCACCCGCAACGCCAAGGUGAAGAAGGAUGGCGGAGGCUCGGCCGCGGGCAUCCUGGACUUGCUGCAGGCCAGCGAGGAGGUGGGCGCGCUCGAGUACAACCCCAGCAGCCAGCCCCCAGCCUCCCCCAGCACGCAGGAAGCCAUUCAAGGAAUGCUGUCCAUGGCCAACCUGCAGGCCUCCGACUCCUGCCUGCAGACCACCUGGGGCGCCGGCCAGGCCAAGGGCAGCUCUCUUGCGGCCCAUGGCGCCCGGAAGAACGGGGCCGGCGGCAAGAGCGCGGGCAAGCGGCUGCUGAAGAGGGCAGCCAGGAACAGCGCAGACCUGGACGACUACGAAGAGGAACAGGACCACCUAGACGCCUGCUUCAAGGACUCGGACUACGUUUACCCCUCCUUGGAGUCGGACGAGGACAGCCCGGUCUUCAAGUCCCGGUCCAAGAAGAGGAAAGGCUCGGACGAUGCUCCCUACAGCCCAACAGCAAGGGUCGGCCCAUCGGUCCCCAGGCAGGACAGGCCUGUGCGUGAGGGGACCAGAGUGGCCUCCAUCGAGACUGGGCUGGCAGCCGCCGCAGCCAAGCUGUCCCAACAGGAGGAGCAGAAAAGUAGGAAGAAAAAAAGCACCAAAAGGAAGCUGGCUCCCAACACCACCUCCCCCUCCGCCUCCACCACCUCGGCCAGCACCACCUCGGCCAGCACCACCUCGGCCUCCACCACCUCGGCCAGCACCACCUCGGCCUCCACCACCUCGGCCACCACCACCUCGGCCUCCACCACCUCGGCCAGCACCACCUCGGCCUCCACCACCCCGGCCUCCACCACCCCGGCCUCCACCAGCACAGCCAGCAGCCAGGCCUCGCAGGAAGGCAGCUCUCCCGAACCCCUGCCCGAGUCGCACAGCAGCAGCCUGGCCGACCACGAGUACACUGCGGCCGGUGCCUUCACCGGGGCCCAGGCUGGCCGCACCUCCCAGCCCAUGGCCCCUGGGGUCUUCCUCACACAGAGGCGGCCUUCUGCGUCGUCCCCCAACAACACUGCUGCCAAAGGAAAACGUACAAAAAAGGGCAUGGCCACCGCAAAGCAGAGGCUCGGGAAAAUUUUGAAAAUUCAUCGGAAUGGGAAACUGCUCCUUUAAAGUUUGGAAAGCCAAGCUCCUUCUGCUCCGCUCAGGACUCCGGAGCCCCACUAGAACAUCAGCCCCCAGGAGGGUGGCUGCGCUGCCUCACCCCAGGGAGGGCCUGGCCUCCUCCCGGCUACCACGCCCCCCACACAAGCAUCUGUUGCUUCAGCUGGUGGAGCUCACUGAUAUGGACGAAUGUCCUUUUUCAAGUUGCUUAGAGUGACCAGUUCCCACAAUGUGGCCCUGCCAGUUUGAGGACCAUUCCAGUUUCAGGACAGCCUCCAGGCACCCUGGAGCAUGGGUGUGAUUGCAGGGCCUCUGCAGCUCUGCUGGGAGCACGAGUCCUUCGAGGAAGGAGUGAGCCAGCACUCACCAGGCUCAGAGUCUGAGCUAGCCACAGGCUGGCAGCCUCCAGAGGCUUAAAAAAAGGCAAAGACGACUGGAGAGGAAGAGGAGAAAGCGGGGUGUUCACAUGCCUCCCUUCUCUUCUCGAGUGAUUCUCAGACAAGU